UCGAGCAAAGCAGCAACCCUCUCUGCUUUCUGCUUCAGUUCUGAGUUCAAGGUUAUCCUCAGUUACCAAGAGCUUGAGGCCAACCUGUGCUACAGGAGACUAUAUACGGGGGUGCGGAGGAGUGGCUGACUUUCCGGAGACCCUGCGAGUCUUCCCCCUGCGCACGCGCACUCUCUCUCCCCCGCCUUGCGCGUGCACAAGCCAACUGGGACGUCGGAGCGUGCUAACCCGGCUGGCGCAGCCGAGGCGGUUGCUAAGAGGUGGAGUUGGCGCCAUGGCGGCCGGGGCAGUGGCGGUGCUGCUGUGGUGGUUGAGCUGCUGCGGCUUGGCAGUAUGGAGAUAUUCCAUCAAUGGCUCGGACUAUUCCAUUCUUAGUACCAGGAGUUCUAUUCAGCUAGAGUUUGAAGGAACAUCUUUUUCAUCAUGGAGCAUACCAGAGAGUUGUAAAGUUCAAAAUCCAAACUCUCCCACAACACUGUUACAUUGUGCUACACCUGGCGUCCAUACCAUAAAACCAAAUGUCGGAGGCCAAACCCAGGAAGAGGAACGCCAUUUGAUUGUGGGUGAAUCUCAUGUUUGCUUCUUGUGGUAUUUUAAAGUUCUAGAAAAUUUUGAAGAUUUAACCCAGACUGUCACUAUAUGGGUAUAUGAUCCAGAAAUUUCCAGCAGCGAAGAGUUGAAAUGGACUGCGGAGAAACCUUCUCUUAAUUCCAAAAUACUAACCAACUUGUUGAACACCCUGGGGCAACACCCUCACGUUCACACGACAGCGAAGAGGAUCACCUAUGACCCGAAUCCCUUAAGUUUGGAGGGAACCUGGAACGUUACUCUGCCAAUGUCCUCAGAUGAUGUAGUGAAAGAGAUAAGAGGAACCGAAGUGGCUUUCCAAGAUUGUUUCAUUUCCAAUCGCCCCUUCCUUCUGACGUUUCCAUUGUUGAUCCUCUCCUCAGGCCCAGCAGACUUACCAGUCACAGUGCCUGCUGGAAGUCCAUUGAUGCGUGCCAGUGGUGUCUGCGUUUAUACGUUUUCUGUCCUGGUCACUGAAGAUGAAACCUUCCAAACAAAUGAUUCCUUCCUUACCUGGACCAGGAUAAGAGUCCCCCCAGGUAUCCUGAGUGAAACUGACAGGCACAACGUCAGUGAUGUGACCAUACUCAAAGGCGCAAUUGUUUUUAUAAUAAAUGGUGGCAUUUAUGUAAAAACUGAGGGGUCAUUUAGAAGACUGGACAAGAAAGACGGUGCUCCUGAAAGCGGCGUUGUUGGCGUUACAAGAAGAACGUGGUGUAAGGUCAGGUAUUUAUUUAAGUUUGAAAAAAAAAGAAGCAGAAUGGCAAUAUGGACAAAAAGUGAAAUUUAUCUUGGAUAUCCUAAAUUUAAAUAUGAAAAAAUACUAGAUAUCUCAGAACUGAAAGACGUGCUAAAGUUUGGCAGUACCGACGAAGUAGAAAUACAUUAUUUGGCGUACACGUGGCACCCUCUGGAGCUUGCUGCGCUAGUGUCCUAUUGCUCCCCCUGCACUACCACCAAAAAGAUGUUCUUGCUGCUGUAUAACGAGGAUGCACCAAAGUGGGUACUCCAGGACUUCCAACUAGAGGUGCCCGUGGACAGAACAUUGAAAGCAUAUUUCCUUUACUCGGCCCUGCCGGAUUUGAUCGUGUGGGAUGACCGCAGCAUAUACUAUUUCUACCAAAACUACAGCAUUCAUGGAAUUUUAACAGCAGAGUCAGGAGAGAGCGAUCUGUCAAAGUUAUCAGGUGGCAGCAAAAUCCACAACAUCAUUUCAGAUCAUAAAGGGGAUAUUUUGGUAAAAAUGGAAAAUAACAUAAUGUUCUUUUUCAAGUCUGACAUUUCACAUGCAAUCAAGCUACAUGCAUGGAUGAAUACAACAAUAAAGACAGCGUUUUACCAAAACCAACUUACUAAACCUUAUUUGUUAUGUUAUAGUGAUCAAAACGGGCUGCAGCAUCAGGAUUACCCCUUAUAUCAGGAGCUACAAAGUGUAUUUUACAAAACCCCAGAACAAUGCCCAUAUGUGGCAUUUCAACACAAUAUUUUUAGUCAAGUUUACUUUAUGGACAAAGGAACUACCCUGACAUUUUGGACCCAAUUAGUCUACCUAGAAAAUACAGGUCUCAGUAUUGUUGUAGAGCACUACGGCCCAAAUAUAUUGACCUGGACACAGGAAGUCUCCUAUGAGAUUGCCUCGGGCUUCUCCACCAAAAGUAUGUUAACAACAUUUUUUCAGCAAACAAAUUACGAAUUAGUAGAUAAUUACUUCCAGCUACAGCAAAAGAACAUGGGUCUCGUGCUUGUUCAAUUCCGACCUACCGAAUCUUCAAAAAUGUGUCCAGUUUCCAAACAGGCACUUGAAAUUGCUGUCGGAUGUGAUAUAGAUAAAUACAUUGAGGUUAAAGGGUUUAGUAAUACUGAAUGUUACCGCCGGGAUUUUUCUUACGUGAUUGACAAGGAAUAUCUGAGAGAUAAACCACUGGAAAAUAAGAAAGUAAGGUAUGAUGUGGAAAAAUACGGCUGUCCUCAGAGGCUUGAAUUCGAUAUGCCGUUUCAACCUGUGAUACAGCUGUUUAAUGAACAUGGCUUUGUUAGAAUAAUCCAAGCAAAUUUUAUCGUGUGGGAAAUCCACGGCAGGGAUGACUAUACCUUUAAUAAUACUAUGAAGCAGAGUGGUUGCAUAAAUGAAGCGCAGACGUUCAAGUCGAUGAUAGAGCAAAACAAGGACCUCCCACUGGAUCAAGUCUGGGGACCUCAUAACUAUAGGACUUGUUUUUCGUAUACUAUUGGGAAGCCUGGAGACCUAAACCAACCAUAUGAGAUUAUAAACUAUACUAAUAGAAACCAUUUAGUAUGGCCCAUGGACCAUUCUGGAAUGUAUGUGUUUCGUGUGAGAAUCUUGGAUCCAAACUUUAGUUUCUGCAACCUAACAGCUAUUUUUGCGAUCGAGACCUUCGGAGUGAUUCCCCGCCCAAGUUUCUACCUGGUAGCUGCCUUGAUUUUUGUCUUGAUGCUCACGUUCAUCAGUGUUCUAGUUCUGAGCUAUUUCUGGUAUGCGAAGAUUUAUAGGAAAUUUAUUUUUGAGCCACUUCACAAGCCUCCUUCAAAACGGAAGAAGAAUUAGGGAAACCGAGAGUUAAUUCUGGAGAUGUGUGUGUGUGUGUGUAUGUGUGUGUGUGUGUAGACAGAUAUAUAGGUAAUGUACAUAUAUGUAAUUAUAUUAUGAAUGUGUUUGACUAAGAAACAUUAAAUAUAGCUCAUACUAUUAUUAAAUUCAAGAUCUGAAAAAUGUUCUUAAAUUACUCCCUCAAAUAACAUACAUUAUUAUGUUUGUUAUCAUUAUUAUUCAUUUAAAAAUAUCAUACACUGUUACAUUGCAUUUAAAAAAUAAAA